AUGCUGCGUGCGAAGGUGCUGCCGGAGGUUCUGGGCCAGAUCGUGGGCGACGGCGUGACUGCCUGCAUGCUGGUGACGCUGGAGGGCGCGCUCGUGGGCUCUGUGGGCGACGGAGAAGCUGUGGACCACAAGGUGGUGGGCGCCAUCGCCUCCCACACGUGGGGCGAGUACCUGCACGCCGGCAAAGAGGCCAACCCCACGGGCGACCUGCGCACGAUGCUCCGUGGGCGACUGGCGAUGACGGUGGCGGGCAAGAACUUCCUGCUGUGCGCGUACUCGGGCGCUGACGCACCCGCGGGACUGCUCAAGGCCAAGGUUGAAGCACUGGGCACGUACUUGACGGCGUCGCUGGACCAGAUCGAACUGUGA